UAAAAAGGAAGCGACGGAACUGGAAGCCACACUGGGAAGUUUUGUAUUUGACAUCUGUCCUGUCAUGCUCAUAUGCUGGUUGUACCCAAACCCAAGAUGGCCGUCUGAGUUUCAUUGAGUGAUGACCCGAAUCUUCAGUAGCACAACCUCUCGCGAGAGUAAGCGUUAACUACAUCGCUUUUACCGUGUGUCUUGUGCUAGGAGAAGUUGCUUUGAAGAAGCAGAAGAAAUGCCUUUGCAUGAUGAAGGGUUUGUGGUGCGCAUUCGUGGCUUGCCUUGGUCUUGCACACAGGAAGAAGUUGCAGGAUUUUUCUCAAGUAUGUACAUCUGACUCGUCUGAAUAAGACCCGUUGGUCCUUAUUGUCCUUUAAAGUACAUACAGUAGAGUUAAAAAAAGUAAUUCCAGUAAGUUAUUAUUUAUUUCUUAGCAGAUGCCAUUAUCCAGGGCAACUUACAAUUGUUACAAGAUAUCACCUUAUUUUUACAUACAAUUACCCAUUUAUACAGUUCGGUUUUUACUGGAGCAAUCUAGGUAAAGUACCUUGCUCAAGGGUACAGCAGCAGUGUCCCCCACCUGGGAUUGAACCCACGACUCUCCGGUCAAGAGUCCAGAGCCCUAACCACUACUCCACACUGCUGCCCUAAAUUGCAGUAUUGUGGGUGGGAUAAAUGGAGUGAGGUUUACUUUUUCUAAAGAAGGACGGCCAAGUGGAGAAGCUUUUAUUGAACUGGAGACAGCAGAAGACUUCAAAAGUGCACUAGCAAAGGAUCGCAAAUACAUGGGGCAUAGAUAUAUUGAGGUCUUUAAGUCAAACAGCAGUGAGCUGGACUGGGUGUUGCAGCGAUGCGGUCCGAAUGAUUAUGACAGUUGUAGUGGAUGUCUGGUGCGGCUCCGAGGGCUCCCCUUUGGCUGCAGCAAGGAGGAGAUUGUUCAGUUCUUUUCAGGGUUGAAAAUCGUGCCAAAUGGGAUAACAUUGCCGGUGGACUACCAGGGGAGAAGCACAGGGGAAGCCUUCGUGCAGUUUGCUUCAAAGGAGAUAGCAGAAAAAGCACUGGGGAAACACAAGGAAAGGAUAGGGCACAGGUACAUUGAAAUCUUCAAGAGCAGCCGGAAUGAAAUCCAGGUGUAUUCCGAGCUGCCACGGAGGAUGCUGGCACAGAGGCCUGGGCCCUAUGACAGGCCUCUGGCAGGACGUGGAGGGAUUUUCAGCCCUGGAACCGGGAAAGGAGGAGGAGGAGGAGGAGGAGUGUUAGAUCAGAUGCGUGCUGGUGGAGGAUACAGUGGUGGUUAUGGUGGACUUGACAACUUCAAUGGCUACAGUAAUUUCUGCUUUGGCAAUGGUAUGUUCGAUGACAGGAUGAGGACUGAAAGAGGCAGAGGUGGUGGUCAUCGUUAUGGUGGAGGAGGAGAUGCCAGUUCUGGUUUUCACAGUGGCCACUUUGUGCACAUGAGAGGGCUUCCUUUUCGAGCCACAGACAGAGACAUUGCUCAUUUUUUCUCUCCAUUAAAUCCUGUAAGACUGCAUGUUGAUGUGGGACCCAAUGGCAAAUCCACUGGGGAGGCAGAUGUGGAAUUUGCAACACAUGAAGAUGCAGUAUCCGCCAUGUCUAAAGACAAAAAUCACAUGCAGCAUCGCUACAUUGAGCUGUUUCUGAAUUCAACGUCCAGUGCUGGUUCUAAAAUGGGUCGGGGUAGAGGUGUAUACUGCAGCAGUUCUGGAGGCAUGGGAAAGGGAGGGGGCAGUGGACUACGAGGGACAUUUUAAAAAGAGAGGAAUGGACCCCUAUCCAUUUUCAGGAGGGGGGCAAUUCUAGGGGGUGGAGAUUUUGUUUUUUGUAUUGCAAAAUGUUUUUCAGAAGUUCAUAUGGAUCGUGCUUAGAUUGUUUUUGUGUCUAAACUUUAGAAAGGUUAUUUGAGUAAUUGCAUAUAUAAAUCUGUUACUGCACAUUUUGAUUCUUAUUAAAAUUUUAUAUACAGAAGUAUAAGUGGGUUUUUGCUUUAUUUUUCUCUUUACUCUCCUGACUAAUACCAUAAAUAUAAAUAUUGUUUGUUCACAUCAAUAUUGUAUGUGUUUUGCUACAAUUGCUGAUGUUAAAACUUAAAUAUACAAUAUACAUUUAACUAUUUCAAAA